UCUACCAAUAAAAUUAGAGGAGGGAGAAAGCGCUAAAAGCGAACGCGUGCUAAAAUGUGCUAACUCUCUAUUAUUAUUAAAACUAUUCCAUCUGAAUUAGUAGUUCUGUCAGGGUUUUCCGAAUUUUCCGGAUCAAUUUCCCGUGGAACAGUGGAAUAGCCCUCUCUGCUGUUGUCUACCAGCUAAGCUAAAUGCUAAAGCUACGCAGUUUAUUUUUAGGAGAAAUACGAGCCGACAGAACCAGUUCUUCGGGCUUCUAUAUAAAAGUGUCUCUAAUCCCCAACGAAGGAAUGGACUGACUUUACCUCACAGUAUUAUCUGACUGCCGCUAACUUCUACACCACUGAGCAACCAUGAAGCGAAGAGCAGAGCCCUCGUUGUUGAUGCAGCAGAAGAAGCACUGUGUUGACAGCAGCUCAGACGAUGAAUCAAGAUUAUCAAGACAAGACUCAAGCCAGAAUGACUCCCUCAGCAGCGACCCAGAGGACCACAGGCCUGGUUUCUCUAUGCCCUCUUUAUCUUUUAAGCCUCAGGACACGGACACGGCACCGCCGCAAACCAAGUUCUCCAUGUACAACAGCGUGUCGCAGAAACUCAUGGCCAAGAUGGGCUUUCGUGAGGGUGAAGGUCUGGGGAAAUUUGGUCAGGGUCGCAAGGAAAUUGUUGAGGCGUCCACACAGAGAGGGCGACGCGGUCUUGGCCUCACACUUCAAGGCUUUCAGGGAGAGCUCAACGUAGACUGGCGAGAUGAACCUGAGCCAAGUGCCGUCGAGAAAGUGGAGUGGUUCCCGGAAUGCACUACUGAGACUCCAGAUGCAAAUGAGCUCAGGGACUGGAUGACACUUGGACCAAGGAAACUGAAGAUUGAGGACGAGACACAGUUUUGCACUGAAGAUCUGCUGCACACUCUCUUGAGGUGCAAGUCUGUGUUUGAUAACCUGGAGGGCGAGGAGAUGAGGAGAGCACGGACCCGGUCUAACCCUUAUGAAACUAUCAGAGGAGGGAUUUUUCUCAACAGAGCUGCGAUGAAAAUGGCCAACAUUGACACCUGCUGUGACAACAUGUUCACCAACCCAAAGGACUCCGACGGGAAACCUCUUACGAACAACCACGACAACGAGCUGCUGUACUUCGGGGACGUCUGCGCCGGACCUGGAGGCUUCUCCGAGUACAUCCUGUGGAAGCGGCGCUGGCACGCCAAGGGCUUUGGCAUGACCUUGAAGGGGCCAUGUGACUUUAAACUGGAAGAUUUCUACGCUGCGCCGAGUGAACUGUUUGAGCCGUACUACGGUGAGGGGGGGGUGGACGGUGACGGCGACAUCACUCGUCCUGAAAAUGUUACAGCCUUCAGAAACUUUGUUCUGGAGAGCACAGAGAGAAAAGGUCUACACUUCCUCAUGGCCGAUGGGGGUUUCUCUGUGGAGGGUCAGGAGAACCUCCAGGAGAUCUUGAGCAAACAGCUGCUCCUCUGUCAGUUCCUCACCGCUCUGUCGACCCUGCGGACAGGUGGUCACUUUGUCUGCAAGACUUUUGACCUCUUCACGCCCUUCAGCGUGGGCUUGGUCUAUCUGCUCUACCUGUGCUUUGAAAGGAUCUCGCUCUUCAAGCCUCUCACCAGCAGACCUGCCAACUCGGAGAGGUACAUCGUGUGCCGCGGCUUGAAGCCUGGGUCCGACGCGGUCCGAGAGUACAUGUUCAGAGUCAACCUGAAGCUGAAUCAGCUGAGGAACACAGACACAGAUGUGACAGACGUGGUGCCUCUGGACAUCAUCAAAGAGGACUCUGACUUUUUCAAGUUCAUGGUCAACUCUAACGAAAGCCUGUGCGCGGUGCAGAUCAAAGCUCUGGCCAAGAUUCACGCCUUCGUCAUCGACCCCACUCUCUCAGAGCCCAGGCAAGCCGACAUACGGAAGGAGUGUCUGAAGAUCUGGGGGGUGCCAGAUAAAGCCCGAGUCACGCCGGCCUCCUCAGACCCCAAGUCCAAGUUCUACGAGCUCACUAAGAACCCAGAUCUGGAGUCGUUCCAGUGUAAGGUCACAGCGCUCAACUCCACCACCCUGGAGAAGCUGCGCCACAUCCUGGACCACCGCUGCAUCGUGGGCGGAGGGGAGCAGAUCUUCCUGCUCUCCCUGGGGAAGUCUCAGAUCUACACCUGGGAUGGAAAGAUGCCCCUGCGCUGGAGGAAGCUGGAGAACUUCAAGCUGGAGCUGCCCAGAGACACUCUGCUGAGCGUGGAGAUCGUGCAGGAGCUGAAGGGCGAGGGCAAAGCUCAGCGCCGAAUCAACGCCGUGCAUGUGAUGGACGCUCUCAUCAUCAACGGCACUGACGUCAGGGAUCAGCACUUCAACCAGAGGAUCCAGAUGGCCGAGAAGUUUGUGAGGGCCGUGGCCAAACCCAGCCGACCCGACAUGAACCCCAUUAGAGUGAAGGAGGUUUACCGGCUGGAAGAAAUGGAGAAAAUAUUUGUCAGACUGGAGAUGAAGGUGACCAAGAGUUCAGGCGGUGUCCCGCGUCUGUCCUACACCGGCAGGGACGACAGGCACUUCCUGCCCACGGGCCUCUACAUCAUCAAGACCGUCAACGAGCCCUGGACCAUGGCCUACAGCAAAAACUCCAAAAUGAAGUUCUUCUUCAACAAGACCACCAAGGAGUCCACCUAUGCAAUGCCCCCAAAUGCCGCCUCGCCUUUCCAUGUCUGCCACUCAGAGCGGCUCUUCUGGGCCUGGGUGGACGGGGUCAUAGUUCACGACUCUCAGACCCGCGUGGAUCCAGAGAAACUGUCCAAAGAUGAGGUUCUGUCCUUCAUCCACCAGCACCACCAGCCAUGAAGCCCAAAGUCAGACUGGACCCCGCCGCCUUCUGUCAUCACAAUAAAACAUGAAUUCACCAACACUGCGUCCUCUUUUCCAGGCUCAGGUCACUGGGCUCCAUUUUGUUUCUGAAUACAUCAUUUACCUGGAAAGUUUUCUGCUCCUCAAGUGUGAAUAAAUUCUGAAUUAAACAAAACUCAGCUGCUCAUAAAAACUUGAGAACUUUGUGGUUUUCUU